AUGGUUGGAAAUGCAGGGAGCUCUUCCUCCUCCGCUAAUGCUCCUUACUUUAAUGGUGAAGGAUACAACCUAUGGAGCUUAAAGAUGGAGACCUUGCUUCUCUCCAGAAAGCUUUGGGGAAUAGUUAACAAAGGCUUUGAUGAAGAAGAUGAUGAUGUUCAGCGUCUAGAAGAUGAUAUCCAGAAGAAUGCCAAAGCGCUGAUUUCAAGAACAAGAGUAGCGAAGAAGGCAUGGGAUAUUCUCAAAAAGGAGUACCAAGGGUGUUCCAAAAGCUCGGCUGUAAAGCUUCAUACUUAUCGACAGGAGUACGAGAACCUUCGGAUGAAGAAUGGCAAAUCGGUGCAAGACUAUAUAAGCAGAGUAUUAACUACUACUUAUCACAUUCAAGCACUUAGUAAAGAACUUGAUGAGAAGGCCAUCGCUAGUAAGAUCCUCCGUAGUCUCUCACCAAAGUUUCAUCAUGUUGUUUCAUCUAUUGUAAAAGCUAAAGACCUUUCAAUACUCACGGUCGACAAGCUCAGUGGAUCUCUAAAAGGGCAUGAAGGGAGACUUGAUAUGGAGUCUGACAAAGUAGAGGUGAGAGCCUUCCACAUCAAGGGAGAAGAGGAAGAGGAAGAGGUCGUGGCUAUGAACAUAAGGAUUCUCAAGGGUGAGAGAUGGCAGAACAAGGCCGACAUUCAAUGCUACAAGUGCAAGAAGUUUGGGCAUUAUAAAUCACAAUGCUGGUAUAAAGAUAUAGCUGUAAAUGUAGUUGAGGAAGAAGCCAAAGUAACACACCUAUUCAUGGCUGAUAGUGGCCUUGAUGAUCAACAUGAAGAUGUUUGGCUGUUGGACAAUGGAUGCAGUAAUCAUAUAACGGGUAUUAAGAGCUUGUUUCAAACGUUGGAUGAGUCUAUGCAACAGACUAUCCGGCUUGGUGACAAUCCGGUGAUGAAAGUUGGAGGGAUGGGGAAAGUGAGGAUGAAGACUAAAGGAGGGCAGAUGAAGGAACUACACCAAGUUCUGUACAUGCCAAAGCUAGCUCAUAACUUGUUAAGUGUUGGGUAG